UUUUUUACCCCUAACUUCAUAGAAAGCUAGCUCCCUUGAAAAUAUCCAAAGAACAGCAUAUCAAUAAAACACCUCUCACAACGAACGAAGACGAUAUAAGUGUUCAGUUUAAUCGGGUCGGGAUAGGGCAGUGCAUUCGGAUACAACACAAAUCAUCAGGAAAUGAAGCUGUUUCUGUUAUGUUGCUUUUGGGCCCGAAUCGAAGGAAUGAGCAGUGUUUUUGAUAAAUCCCCUUUCUGCCUGGGUGUAGCCUUAUGUUUUGCAGACACCAAAAAGAGCCUCCACGAUCUUGUCGCCAUGUGGACGUGGAGUGUCUUGUGUCGUGCCUCCCGCUUUAGGCGAAUUGAGGGAGCCUCAUUUUGCCCCUGCCGUCCGGCAAGUAUCUUCUAGGUCAUCAAGAAGGCAGGCGAAGGGUACCUAUAUAAAUCGGAUGA